UGUUACGAGACUUUAUAAUAUUUCAAAGUCAAGGUAUUUACUUAUAUGCAGAUGCUGUAUAGAAGGAUGACAUCAUCACAAUUCGGCAGGGUGAAUAUAGUGCUACUGGUAGGGUGCUACUUUAGUUUCCAUGACACGCGGUCUAUGGCUCAUAACCAAUUCAUUGUGGAAAGAUUACUACCUUAUUCUAACAUCGAAACAACUUUACUGAAUCCAUUAUCAAAUGUUAUAGACAAUAUAGGAAAUAUGACUUUAAAUGAGAUUCAUAAUGUGCUCAAUAAAUCAAUGGAUUUACCAAAAUCAUAUAAGCGUGCUAGUAAAAAGUUCUACAAGGAAAUAGAAAAGAAGCUAGGGAAAUCCCAAAGAACGUUGCUUCCUCCAGUAUAUGAAAGCCUCAAAAUGGAUACAAAAACCCUUUCAUUAUUUUCCAAGCAACUUUUAAUUCUGCAGAAAGCUCUCGCAAAUGUAGAAAGAGUAGCAUCAGAAUUAAUGGGAACUAUCGAACAGGUUCCUAAAGAUAUUUCUCAUACAACAGGAGUUUUAGAAGAAUUUUUAGUUGCAUCAACUCUGCAUCCUUGUGAUAUGGUGUCAGCGUCUACUGCAUGUAGUUCACGUGGAGAGUGCAAGUACAGAGGAGAGGCAUACAUAUGUAGGUGUGACGCCUAUUACUCAGGCAUACAAUGUCAAAUCAAAACAGAUACAGCAUGCAAUUUGAGGUGCAACCUUGGCAAAACUGCAGAGGGGA